AGUCGAUUCGCAUGUGGUCGGAAAUUCAGCGCGAUAUUCGGAACUUUCACUUUGCAUUCGAAUUGACACCGACGCAUUGUACGUUAUCCUAUCGAAUGCGAAAUUGGUGCCUCGAAAGUGCGGUAAACGGACACGUAAAGACGGAACAACAAAUUUCAAAAACAUCACGAGCAACGAAUUCCGCACAAAUAAAAUCCUAAGUUGGAAUUUAUUCUUCGAUGUGGAGAAAAUUCUCAAACUUGUGCACAACAAAAAGGAAUUCGAUUCUCAAAUUUGUUCCGAUGGCGUAUCUGUACCGUUGAUGUACAAAAAACCGAAAGUACCACCAGUCGAGACAACAGAUGACGAAAUCAAGGCAAUGUAUGACAGCAAUGAGUUGAAAUAUGCUGUUGGAUGUGAUCCGGGUAUGCGAACGUGGAACGCUUCCGUACGACGAGAUUUGCAUACCAAAGAAGAGGUGAAUUUGCGUAUAUCCAGCAAGCGAUAUCACUGGGAUGCGAAACAAGGCCGACGUAAUGCAAAAGCCGAACGAAUCACAAGAUUGUUUUCUUUCGAAGAGCAAGCCGAUCGUAAUCGAAUUGCAGCUAUGAUUGGUGAAAGGCCAUCGCUAAAAGGACCAUCAUGGCGUUCGUACAUUGAACAUCGAUUACGUGUAAUGAAUGAUGGCAUUGAAACAUACUCAACCAAACAGUAUGCACGCUUGGGACUGGACAAGCAUAUCGAAUCGGUUCGUGCAAUCGACAAAACGGCAUGCAAAAUGGUUCACAAUCAACCAUCAAUUUUCUACAUGGGAGCCAGCGGAUCAACACCAGCUAAUUCGCCGAUUAAGAUCAAGAAACAUGUGCGAUGUCCAGGCACACGGAAGCUGCUUGCGGCCAUUAUGAAACGUGGCAAUUGCAUCAUUCGAAUGGUCGAUGAGUACAUGACAUCACAACAUUGUCCAUUGUGUUUCAAACGAUUUCCACAACAAACUCGACGUGAUCGAUACAAGACAUGUGUGGGUUGUGUACCAAAUCCAAUUGUUGGACUACCACGAACCAUCGUAACCAAUGUGAGCAAACGAUUACUACAAAUGCGAUGAACAAUUGAACGAAUGUGGCGCGAGAUGCGUGAUAUAGGCGAUGUCAUUGCUGCAACUCUUCGAGAUGGACCGAAUGCAGGUCGUUUGGUGUCAAAGAAGCAACGCUUCUUCAAAACAUGGCUACCAAAUGUUGCAAACGUUGAAAUCGAGGGAGCUGCCGGAGCACAACCAACGCUCACAACUGUAUACUUUUUUUCAUAAAUUCUGUAAAUAACAUGUCAUUCAAAGUAUUGGCCAUCGGAAGCUAUAACCUUUUCCCAUUUUUCUGGCAGCAUAUGGAUUUCGCGCCAAAAGAACUGCUCAUUUUUUGAGGUUAGGAAAGAAUCAAUCCAAUUUUUGAUAUCUUCAAUUGAAGUGAAGCGUAUUCCAGACAAGGCAUUCUGCAUCGAUCGAAACAAGUGAUAGUCAGAAGGGGCAAUGUCUAGGCUAUACGGCGGGUGGGGCAAAACUUCCCAUCCACUAUUUUCCAAAUAGUUUUUAACGGUGGUAUUUCACCGGGGGGACAUCUACGACAGAAUUUUUUGGAAAUGAUUCAAAAAAAUGUGCCCAAUUUGUGCCCAAGGAGAGUCACGUAGGUUGGGCCGGGUUUAGUUUUUUGGCUAACAUUUUUUACUCAAAAUAAAAAUGACGGAUAGUUAUAUACCGUCGGAAAGGUAUUAUUCCGAGCUACAAAUUUGCCGAAAAGAGUAAUUGAUUGCUUCGAAAACAAAAAAGUUAUGACCAAAUUUCCGAAAAAAUUAUUUUUGGCCCCCAAAAAAAUUGUCACGUAGGUUGGGCCAGUAUGCGAAAUUGAGAAGAGGUUGAAAAAAAUGAAGUGUAAACGCCAGAUUUUAAGUGUUUAAGGUUGAUUUAUUCAUAACAAAGGCUUUCGCCAUGAAUAUAUAAUGCAAAAAUAUCAAAUAUUAAUUGUUUCUCUUCAGAACUAACAUCGGCAUCUGAGUCACAAUUUUGGCACGCUGACAUGGAAUGGCCGCUGACACUUGUUGCACUCCAUGGAGUUGUUGUUGGUCAAUUUGGCUGGCAAAUUCUGCAAUCUGCAUGCAGAUCAUGCAGAAAUCCACGUCUUCAUCUUUGAGGCGACGGCUCGUGCGGGCUGUAUUCGCUUUUUUAUUGACUCUCUUUGCGGUUUGCUGUCGCUUUUUUGUGCCUUCUUCCUUCUUCUUUUUCUUAGCAUCUCUCUUGUGCCGUCUAUCUUUGAGGUAGGCAACUGAUUCUGGUGAGGUGCUUUUAGAUUUCGAUGAGCUUCUAGAACAUUCCAUUUGGCUUUUCUCAAAAUUUCUAGAACAUUCUAUGGAUUUCUCUGUGAAAAACAUAGCGUCGUAUAGUGGCCCAACCUAUGUGACUCAAAAUGGCUCAACGUGCCUCGGUACCAUUUUGACAUGACGUGAUAUAUUUUAUUCUACACAAGAUAUGUUCGAAAUUCCUUCGAAAUAUAAAAAUAGAGGAAAAACUAUAGAGAGAAUUUUAUAUUCACCUUUUUCUGUCGUUGCAAAAUUUACACCUUUUUCACUUUUUGAAAAUCUUCGAAAUCACUUUUUUAAAACAAAAAUUUUGUGUGUUCUGGCUCAAAUACAAGGGGUGCUAGUUAGCACGUCCAUUUAUUAUGAAUAGUUUGCUCCUAGUGAGAGAACAAUUCGACAAUAUAAAAAUCAUAGUUGCCAAUUGCCAUAUUUCAAAAUAUCAUACUGGCCCAACUUACGUGACGGCCCAGCCUACGUGACUCUCCCCUAUCAAUAAUUUCCCAUUUUUAAUAUUAGGAGUAUAACUUAAAAAUUUCGCAUUUGUUACUAACCUCUUAAUUGUCAUCUGUACUAGUUUUUGACAGCGACAGCUAUUCUAUCUUAAAAAUUCGCCAAAUUGAUUUGUCAAAGUGAACACAAUUUUUCACACACAAGUUUUAUUAUUGCAUUGAAAAUAUCGAAUUACGUUCCAACAAAACAGCAUUUGCGGGAAGUUUCGCUUUUCUUUUUUAAUCAAAAGAAAAAUGGAUCUGAAAGUUAUCGUCUGCUCCAGGAAACUUACUCGGAAUAUACCCCAAAUAUUAGAACAUGCCAAGAGUGGUUUGCACGUUCCCAAAGUAGUGAUUUUGACAUAAGCGACAAAGAACGGCCAGGUCAACCAAAAAAUUCGAAGAUGAAGAAUUGGAGACAUUACUUGAUGAAGACCCGUGUCAAACGCAAGAGGAGCUUGCCAAAUCAUUGGGAAUAACUCAAGCAGCCAUCUCAAAACGUCUAAAGGCAUUGGGGUUUAUUCAAAAGCAAGGUAAUUGGGUGCCACAUGAACUGAAGCCAAGAGACGUUGAAAGGCGAUUUUUAACUUGCGAACAGCUGCUCCAAAGGCAAAAAAGGAAGGGUUUUCUGCACCGUAUUGUCACUGGGGAUGAAAAGUGGAUACACUACGACAACUCAAAACGAAAACCAGCAUAUUUCAAGCGCGGCGAAGCAGUACCAUCGACAUCAAAGCAAGACAUUCAUGGUUUCAAGGUAAUGCUCUGUAUUUGUAGGGAUCGACGGGGUGUCAUUUAUUAUGAGCUUCUAAAACCUGGUGAAACUAUCACGGGCGAUCGAUAUCGACUACAUUUAAUGUGUUUGAGCCGAGCAUUGUGAGAAAAACGACCGGAAUACGAGCAAAGACACGACAAAGUGAUUUUGCAGCAUGACAAUGCUCGGCCACAUGUUGCAAUCGUUGUGAAAAAUUACUUUGAAACGCUGAAGUGCGAUGUCUAACCCCACCCGCCGUAUAGCCCAAACAUUGCUCCUUCCGACUACCAUCUAUUUCGAUCAAUGACGCAUGGCUUAGCUGAGCAGCACUUCAGUUCUUUCUAAGAAGUCAAAAAUUAGGUCGAUGAAUGUAUUGCCUCAAAAGAUGAGGAGUUCUUCCGACGCGGAAUUCGUAUGCUACCAGAAAGAUGGGAAAAUUCAUAGCUUUCGAUGGACAAUACUUUGAAUAAUGUAUUCUUUCAUUUUGUUAUUGAAAUAAAUGCACAUUUUCAGCGAAAA